CUCAAAAACUCAGCAGGAUGGCUCGAUAUUCUGGGAUCAGAAACACGUGUUGUAAGUCAGCCUUAACAUCCACCCACCAUCAUCAUUGACCAUGAUUAGCAAUGUUCCGGAGACAGCCUUGCUGUCACUCCAAGUCUGUGCUCGACGCCACAUCCACAGUGACGAGUACAUUGGAAUGGUAGGCGGUACAAUUGGUGCAUUUCUGCAGGACUCUGGAUGCCAUGAUGGGCAACUAGUUGUUUUCGACAAGCAGAGCAAAAGAAAUCCUGAGACAAGGCUAUCAUUUCGGAUGACACGAAGUUCGUCCUGCUAUGGAAAUGAAUCCUGCAGAGGUUCUGUGCAUUCCCCGUCGACCCAGUCUAGGGAUUGUAGCCCACAGCAGCAUGUUGACGACGCUGUUCGUGCUGUAGUGGUUUCUCCCACACCGAAGGGUGGUAUGCAAGGGAACAUCGAGUCACUCUCCGUGCAAGCUGCACAAGUUUUUGUUCGUGACACAUCAGAUACAUUCCAGCUACUCUUGUCACGAAUCUCUAUUUUUGUUAAGAUAGCUCGCGCUUUUGCAGAGGCUCACCCAUACACCAAGAUGGCACUCAUGGUUUUGACCGCAGGUCACGAGGUUAUACAACGGCAGCUCGCUCGUGAUGAUAGGAUUCAACAAUUGACGCUCGUCAUGUGCGAGAGCUAUGGCCUAGUAUCGGACGCCCCGGAUUUGCACAAUUUUCAUAGUCAAGCAGAGACCAUAAACUUGCUCGCUCGUCAAACUAUAGAGUGCGCGUACUUCAUUCGUGACUAUGCUAUUCAUAAAAGUGGAUUAAAGCACGCGUUCGCCAAUGUGUUCUCGAACAUCGAUACGACCAUCCAGGAUUAUGAAACUGCCUUUAGAAAGAUCCGGAUUGCUUUGGAGCAACAAGCUGUUAUCAACACUCAAUUGGUAGUUUUUCGCAUCCAUGACGUCUUGAAAGAUCUCGCUGCCAAGGAAGAUCUAAAGGCACUGCCUUACACGACUGGCGUUGCGUACCAUGCACAGGGGAGUCGUGUUAUGCCACCGGAGGAAAAUCACGUCAAUGAGGUUUCAGACUGGGUAAAUGAUAAGAACAGUCCAGCAAUCUAUCUGUUGAUCGGGCCUCACCGAUCCGAGAAUAGCGCAGUUGCCUAUGCUGUAGCCGACCAAUUCGACAAGAUAUCUCGUCUAGGAUCAUCAUACUGUUUUGGCAGAACGUGUAAAAAAAGGGCCGCCAAUCUUUUUAGCACGAUCGCUCGUGACCUUGCAGAUCACAACCCAGAGUUUAUGACUUGUCUCGGGGACAAGGUGAAACGGCGAUCAAUCGGCUCUUCCCCACAUAUUCCUACACAGUUCGAGUUCAUCCUCGCACCGGCGCAACAGUUGGAAAGCUUUGGUCCUGUGCUUGUCGUAAUUGACGCCCUCGAUGCGUGUGUAGAUUCGCUUGCGGAGGUGGUCUCUGUCCUAAAGGAGAAGGCGCAAUAUCUCCCACCUAACUUCAAAUUCCUCAUUACUUGCCUGCCGGAGACUGACGUAGCCAUCGCCCUUCGUGACCAACACCAUGUCCUAUCCAAAGAGCUUGACGUGGUCGUCACCGGGCAAUCUCGCGACAAUGAAUUUAUCGCAGGCAGAACCAAACCUCGUCCACUCACCCCUCCAAUUAAAACUACGUUGUCACAGCCCGAUUACUUCUCCUCCAAUGGAUCUGCCGUGAGCGUUGCGUCGUCAAGCAGCGUAAGCUCAUUUGCGCCUUCGAUUUUCGAUGAAGGACUUCCCUUUAACCCUGAUGCAUCGUCGCCGGCGUCCAGUAUCACCUCAUGCACGGAUGCAGGGCCACCAAAGCGGUUCGUCAGCACAAUCAAACACACCAAGACCAAAGAAAAUAGUAUUUUCUUUGAUCAAUCCGGUGUGCCUCAGACCGUCACGCACACCAUCAUGAAGCAAACGGUUAAGCAGCAUGUCACUUCGACUCCGCGUCGUGUCCCGUCAUAUGCCCCUAUGCUUGAUGAGCCGAAUGCUCCCUUGUUCACUCCAGAUCUUACUACUCUAGCCGGAGACACCUUCAUGGCCGUCCCUGCUCAACGUGAUAGCCCUCGCCCACUAAGGCACAAACGUACGCCAAAUCGACAAGAGACUAUCAUCCGAAACGAGAUGCAAACCACUGGGCCUCAGCCCAUCACUCUUCUUUCAUUAUGAAAGUGUUCUACUCAUACUUGUUCGCGUCUUACAAGGGGGCUUCGAGAUUGGUUUUGGGGGUGUUCCCAAUAUAUCAAGUAUGACGGGUAACGUUGACUAACCACUCUCUGCGAGAGAGAAAGAGAGCCCAUGCCUUGUUCGGUUGUGUAUUUCUGUGCCGUGUGUACUUCAAGUAACGAUAUCUUUAGUGUAUCUUACGCCGCUCCAUCCAUGCUGUAC